GUGAUGCUGAUUUGUCUUAUUGAUUCGGCGACAUCUGUUGCUCAAGUCGUGUUAUGAUCCUUUCCCCAUAUCCAGACUACUUCAAAACUUAAGGUAAAGAGCUGUGGAACGCAACCAAUGGUAUCAAUUAGUCUUUAAAUUUAGUCAACACCAAACAUGAAACUGACACUGUUGUUGUCAGUUUUAAUAUUUUUCAGCAAGUUAGAAAAAACCGAUGGUAUUAAUGCUGUGAACGUUGCUUUGAACAAAAAGAUAUCUGCCAACAUCACUUGCGGAUCUUAUGACAGGGAGAUUUACAGGUUGAACAGUCAAACCGGAUUACCUGCUGGUGACAGAGAGAUAUUAUUUUGUGAUAAUGCAACUCACACACCCCAAGACAUGAUCGACGGAGACCGUGCAACGCAUUGGCAAAGUACUUCAAGAUACAACAUUUACAAUGAGGGAUUUGCUGACCUACAAUCUCACUUGAAGCAACAAUUAUUCUGGACCUGGAACAGGAAUUUCAGGUGGAAAAGAUACAGCUUGACAUGCAUGAGUCAGUCCGUCCCGGUAGACUACAGAUUCUAAAGUCUCUUGAUGGAGCAACGUAUACACCAUGGCUACACAAAGUGACGCUGAUGUCGGACUGUGAGAGUGAGCUGCAGGUGCCUUCCCAAAGUCGACCCACAGAGCUCAAUCCAACGAUCUGUAACCUGUAUAAGAGCUCUUCAGGUUCCAUUCUAAACGAAAUUGUGGAAUUUGACAUUGUGUUGGAGUCUUAUAAAUUCAGACAAGCUCGAUACUUGAAGAUUAACUUUUAUGAGAUGGAGCUCAUAUUGGGCGUUUCUGGGAACACGUUUCAACAUUACACUGUACAAGAACUGACAGUGAUGGCGGCAUGCUCCUGUUAUGGCCACGACAUUGACUGUAAACAGAGCAAUGUGACGGGACAGUACGAGUGUGUCUGCGGGGAAAACACACAGGGAGAGUACUGUAACCUGUGCAAGCCCUUGUACAACCAGCAGGACUUUGCGAGGGAUAUUCCUUGUGAACAGUGUAACUGCUUUGGCCAUGCCACCGAGUGUAUCUAUUUGGCUGAUGUUGAUCGGAACAAUCAAAGCCUGAAUACACAAGGCGUGUACAGCGGUGGAGGUGUAUGUUUACAGUGCUCGAACAACACAUACGGUGUUAACUGUCAGUCUUGUGAGGUUAACUAUUACCGUCCCAUGGGGCGCCAACAAACAGCGGAAGAUGCCUGUGUACGUUGUGACUGUGAUGAGUCAGGGGUGGGGAAAAGCCCACUUGGGGCACCAGGCGACUGUGUGAUGAACUCCGAGAGCCCAGAAGUUCCUGAUAUGGCCCCAGGAGAUUGUUACUGUAAGGGUAAUGUGCAGGGACGGCGAUGUGAUGAGUGCAGACCUGGGUUCUAUGACCUUAGGAAAGAUGACCCCUGGGGGUGUAAAGACUGUCUGUGUGAGACGUCAGGGACUGUGGGUAACACUGCGGUGUGCAACUCCAACUCUACAGGGCAAUGUCCAUGUAAACAGUACGUCACAGGUAGACAGUGCAACAUCUGCCAGGACGGAUUCUACAACCUGACCUCUGGUAACGUAAACGGUUGUGACACUUGUAGUUGUGAUCCAGGUGGAGUGAUCGAUGGAGGCUGUCAUAAAGACUCUGGUCAGUGUACCUGUAAAUCUCACAUCACAGGCCGUCAGUGUGACAGCGUGGAGGAUGGUUUCUACUACCCAGAACUACAUUAUAUCUUCUCUGAGGUUGAAACACCGCAAGGUACCUGGGGACAUGACGAUGUUGCUAAUCCAGGAUACAUUGGAUUUGGAUAUGCCAUCUUGAAGACAGAUGGCACAGAGACAAUAACCCUGGACAUCCCAUCCAACAUUCCCAGCAGUCAACAAUUCAGCCUGGUUUUCAGAUACAAGUCCACCGCAGCCCUAACGGGAACUGUUACUCUGGCCAGAAACUCAGAGCCUUUGGAUUCGUCCCCCGUCACCUUCACGCCAUGUAUUCAGUGGUGUUACGUUCAGGUGGGUGGGGACAAGCUCUUUGGCAUGACACCUGCAGCUCGAUACGAUGUCACCAUCAUUGUCUCUGGCCCCCUUCUCCUGGAUCGUUUGGUGGCCAUACCUCAGGAGUUUUUGACAGCAACAGUUCUUGGCCCUGAUGGGGCAACUUUCAAGACAGAUUGCAGGGUGCUGGAGAAUGGUGUGGACUCCAUAGCUUGUCAGGAGAAGAUUUUCUCUGUGGUGAUGGGCAGCUUUCCUAGUGCCCUCCCUUGUGGAUGCGAUCUUGUGGGCAGUAACAGCUCCAGCUGUGAGAAGGCUGGAGGUCAGUGUUCCUGUCGGCCAGGAGUGGAUGGCAGGACCUGUGACAAAUGCCGCCCUGACCACCAUUCCAAGACCUUCACUGGAUGUCAACCUUGCAAUUGCGCUGGGGCCAACAAGCUUUGUGACAGUAUAGGAGGGCAAUGUUACUGUUCCCCCAACACCAUGGGACUCCAGUGUGAUCAAUGUGAGCCUAACCACUACAGUUGGACAGAGGCAGAUGGCUGUUUGCCCUGUAACUGUGAUGAAGGCUCUGCUAACCUACAGUGUAAUGCUACCACUGGUGUGUGUGACUGUGACCCGGGGGUGAUCGGGGAAAAGUGUGACCAGUGUGAAGACACAUUUAAGAGCUUGUCUGCAAGCGGCUGUGCCAGUUGUGGCUGUAACCUAGACGGCAGUAUGAACUCUGUGUGCAACAAGACAUCUGGCCAGUGCCCAUGUAAGGACAAUGUUGACGGAAUGAUUUGUAACCAGUGUAAAGAUGGCUCAUUCGACUUGGCCCCCUUCCACCCCAAAGGUUGCGCGGACUGUGUUUGUAUGGGGGUAACCACAGCCUGCGAGAGCUCUCAAGGCUACCUAAGACAGGUGAUGCUGCGCAUAGCUGAUGAGAUGAGUAGUAACCUUACAACCCUGUUCACCUUGGUGACUGCGACCGGAGUUGAGUCGGGAAUUCAAGUGACAGGAGAAAGACGUCCAAUAGACCUGUUCCUGACGGCAAAUAUUGACGGUACUCAACCGUUGUUCUGGAGAAUAGAUAGCGAUGGAAUGGUGGGCAACGUCCUUGGCCUGUAUGGAAGUAACAUAAAGUUUGAUCUGUCUUACAAUGGAUUGGCACCUGGUAAUUUGCAGCCACUUCAAGUCCAGAUGGUAUACAAUAACGGACAGAUUCUGACCAAAACUGUGGACACUAUCCCUGACCUGGAUGUUCCUAAUACCGUUCUCCUGCGGGUGACUGAAGAUGGCUGGACAGACGCAAGUGGUCAAAUCAUCAGCAGACAGAAUUUUCUGUUAUAUUUGACAGCGAUUCAGGCAUGGCACCUUCCAGCUCGCAUCCUUGACAGCCCCCAUGAGACAAGUUUGAGUAAGGUUUAUUACUCCAUCAUUGAUUCGAGCGUGGUGGGCCCACAGGCCAUUCAUGUGGAGCAGUGUCAGUGUGGCCCAGGCUACCAGGGAUAUUCAUGUGAGCGAUGUGCUGCUGGUUACAAGAGAGUCAAUGUCACCAAUCACCCGUACCUGGGAUUUUGUGAACCAUGCUCUUGUAACGGUCAUUCAAAUGAAUGCAACCCAGACACUGGAGAGUGUCUUAACUGUCGAGAUAAUACUGAAGGUGUUUCAUGUGAGAGGUGUAUUCCUGGUUACUAUGGCGAUGCUGCUGAAGGUGCUUCAUGUGUACAAUGUCCAUGUUAUGAGCCACGUGUGUCAGACCCUGGUUGUGAUGUCAACAAUGGGACAGUCACCUGUCGAAACUGUAAAGCUGGUUACACAGGCCCUCUCUGUGACAGUGUCCAUGUUAUGUGUCAGGCCCUGGUUGUGAUGUCAACAAUGGGACAGUCACCUGUCGAAACUGUAAAGCUGGUUACGCAGGCCCUCUCUGUGACAGGCCCUGGUUGUGAUUUCAACAAUGGGACAGUCACCUGUCAGAGCUGUAAUGCUGGUUACACAGGCCCUGUGUGUGACAGUUGUGAGCCAUUUCACUUUGGCCAGCCUGAGAUACUAUUCAGUGGGACAUGCACCCCGUGUGACUGUAAUGGCAAUACUGAUGAGUGUGACCCAGUGACUGGCGAAUGUGUGAAUUGUGGCUUCAAUACCACGGGAAACAACUGCGAAAGAUGCCAGGAUGGUUACUAUGGAAACGCCAGUCAGCAGAUUUGUCAGCCCUGUGGGUGUGUCGAGACUGGCAGACUAAGCCCAAUCUGCAACCCUAUGGAUGGCAAAUGUGAUUGUAUGCCAGGGGUCGGAGGUCGUACGUGUAAUGCCUGCAUGGAAGGAUUUUGGGGAUAUGAGAACAACACUUUUGAAGGUUGUCAAGAUUGUAUGUGUAACCAACAGGGGAGCGUGAUAAUUCAGUGUAACGAUAUCACAGCUAAAUGCAUCUGUAAACAGAAUGUAUCACCGCUAUCAGAUAAGUGCGAUCUCUGCAAUGAGGGAUUCUGGGGACUCCCUGAAAAAGCCUGCUCACCCUGCGACUGUGAUCGUGAUGGUACUAUAGACCCAAAUGCCCCAUGCAAUGGAAGAACAGGACAGUGUGACUGUAAGGAGGGUAUAGAAGGCCGUCAGUGUAAUGUGUGCAAACGUCUUUAUAGUGGGGCAGUUCAGACAGGUUGUACGAAGUGUGGCAUUUGCCAAGAGAGUCUGGGAAAUGAUACCUUAGCUCUUCAGGACAGUUGGAAAAGUUACUGGAUGACAGCCCUGAAUGUCGGAUUGAUCCAAGACCAGGACCUGAUUCUCCAGAAUAUAACCUCUGACCUUGAUAUGGCCAAGGCUGACAUAGGCAUCGGUGAUUUGACUUUGGCAAAUCUCCAAGGAUUGGUUACCACAUUAACCAAUCAGCAGACAUCACACUCUGCAGAUGUGGCCAAUCUGCACUCUAGGCUUGGAAGUGAAGUUGUCCGCUCUGAAACGCUAAAAAAUGACACUGUUGGUGAGAAGGAUCGAAUAAACUCAUUAGUAAAGGAGAGUAAUGCUGUGGCAGGAUUAGGUGGUAGUGCACUGUCAGCAGUUCGCUCCAACAUUACCACCCUGGAAGCUCACAAGGUGGCUGCAGAAUCUGUUUUGACUGAAGGCAGAAAGGGCUUUGAGGAAUCGACCCCUGUUACAACUAUGUCUGUAAGAUGUUUAUACUGCCAAUCCACAUCCGCAAUAAAAAUGAUCAAAUUCCAGUUAUUACAGAACACUAGCAUACAAACUGUGAACGGUAACCUGACAUUUUCUACUGACCGAGCCUUGGUGGACGCAGAGCUGGCCCUCAUUCAGAACGUUUCAGAUCAGGUUAACACUAUCAAAGAGCAGGUGGACACUCAGAAUGUGGAGGCGAUAAACUUAGAAGAGAGACGGGGAAGAUUACAGGGAGAAGUAGAAGUCGUUCAGUCCAGGAUUGUGGCAGUGGAUACAAAUGUGGGGUCGCUGAUUACAGUGAAACAGUCCACAGACGCUCUCUUACAAACCACACAGGUUCAGAUAGACAACAUCAACGGCCUGGUCAAUGCAACAGAGGCAACGCUAGCCUCAGCCAGGGAACAGUUGGAUACCAGCUCAGCCACCUAUCAGACAGCGCUCUCUGAUAUUGAAGACUGUAACCUAGUUCUUGGCCAGAACCCAUCCAAUCUACCCCUCCCUCUCAACACCACUGCUGACAUCUCUGGCAUCCAGAGCUGGCCUUUGGGAUACAACAUUAUAUCGUCUGCUCUCAACCAGACAAGGCUGGAUAUCCAGUCUGUGGAUGGGGAUGCUUGGGAGACCUUGGCUGCUACCUUACAGUCUCAAGCCCAAAGUAUACAGAGUGAGUAUCAGACGGUAGAACCCCUGGGCAGAGAAGCUGUGGCCGCUAAGGCUAACUAUGAGAAUUCCGUGGAGAGUCUGAGCUCCUCCCUGAGACGGGCCCAGGAGGCCAGUCAGACUGUCACAGAGCAGAGCAAUGCCAUCACUGGGAUCAACCUGGAAAACUUGCAGAAUUCAGCCAUUUCUGAGAAGAACCAAAGUGAUGUCCUUCUGGGACAGGUGAAUUCCAAAAAUUACCAACCCUCAGUUUUGGAGUCCCAUCUUCGAAGUGCAAACGCCAGUCUUCAGACUUCCGUCAGUGAAUGGAACACCCUGAAAGGGCGCUUGGAUGUAGUCAUGGCACAGGCUGAAGCAAUCGAUCCUGUCACCAGAGGGAACACGAUUAGAGAAACACGAGUGCAGGCUGAGAGUAAAGCCGCCAUUGUCCAGUCUGCUGCUCUCCUGACCAUCACAAAUGACCAGGGCCUCUCCAACACACUGGACACACUGAGCGCUGAAUCUGUCGGGGUGCAGAACCAGAGUAACUCAGCCAUCAACGUUGUCGAUUCUGUGGCAAGCAAAUUGCAAGCAUUCAAUGAUCGACUUCUCACAGUGGAGCGUCUGAUAGAACAAGCUAAUUCUUUGGCUGAUGGGAACACCGAUGACAAGAAGAACCUUAUUGAUGAACGUAUGACAAAUUUGACUGCAAGAAUUCUUUACGCCAGACAGCUAGCACAAGGACUUCGGCAACCCGUGGCGUUCACUGGCAACAAACCUGUGAUUGCUCCAAACCCAAUUUCCACCAGGGAUGAAAUCUGUAACCACGUCAGUUUUGAGUUUAAGGCACCCAAGGGUUCAAGCGGACUGCUGCUGUUUGCAGAAGACCCAGCUACCCCUGCCGAGUUUGUACUGGAGCUUGUCAAUGAAAAUGUUGUCUUCCACUUCGCUGUUAAUUAUGAGAGGGUGCAGAUGACGAACCCAGCCCAGAUCAGGGAAAAUCAGUGGGCGAAGGUGGAGGCUUUAAGGUGUGGGAACAGUGGGCAGCUGAGUGUCACUGUGCUGUCAACCGGGGCGACAGCGAUGACAUACCGCGCCGGCAUCUCCCUCAACGUCCCAAACCUGCGACUCACAUCUCAACUGUACAUGGGCGGGCUGCCCACAGGAUACGAGACCACAAAGACAGCCCAGACAAGCUUUAUUGGCUGCAUGUACAAUGUGAUGUUUCAAAAUGAGCACAUACCUCUGUGGGAUUUAAGUGUCCAGGAUGGUGAGGCAGGUUGUUGUAGUAAACCUGAGUACUUUGACCCUAUCCCAUCAGCCCCAGGAACAAGUCUGUCCGGCUUCGGACAUCUGCAAGUGCAUGCACCAGGGCUUAACUUUGGCGCACCAUUGAGUAUCUCGGUGAAAUUCCGCACCUUUACAGCCAAAGGAGUUCUCUUCAUUAUAGAACGCCCUGGAACUAGUAUAUACUAUGCUGUAUUGCUCAAGGAUGGCAAAGUUGUCUUCGAAGCUCACACUGGAAAUACCUACAGUGUGUCGAGUACUAAUACCUACAAUGAUGGGAAAUGGUAUAUGGUGACUACAUCUCUGAGCUCUACAGAGCAAGAGAUGAUAUUGGACUACAGCGAGAAUGGAGCCUUCUUCCAUCGGGAAACCAGCUCUGGUCCAGUGGAUGGAAUCAACCUACUACAGCUACAGAACCAGUCCAUCACUUUUGGAUCAGUUCACCCUACACAAUCCUCUGCAUUACCAUCAGUGAAUGCAAAGUUACCUGGAGAUCUGCGGGAUCUGACCUACGGGCCCCAGGGAGGGGAUCUCACAUUACAGCCCUUCAGUGCUAGCGUGAUCAGCCAAUCAGAAGUGUACAAUGAUGUACCACUGCAGAGAGACUCUGGUCUUCAGCUGUUAAGUGAGAAUUCUUAUGCUAUGUUGACACUGCCAACCCAAGCCACCAUUACCUCAAUAUCAGUCUACUUCUCUACGUAUGAUACAAAUGGAGUCCUCAUCUACGCGGCCUCUAGAAUAUCAUCGGAUGUAUUGGUGUACAUCGCUUUGUGGCAUGCUAACAUUGUGGUGUAUGUGAAUGAAAUUAGCGGGGCUAAUCUCAAAGGCCCGUUUCAUACGUUGGGACAGUUUGUGAGUGAUGGACUCUUACAUUCCGUCACGGUGGAGAUCACAGAUACAUUCACAGUUCGGCUGAUAGUGGAUGAUGUGAUGAUUGAAGAAAGCAGUGAGAGGUUACUCUACCCAUCAGUUGCCCUCAGUGAUGGCCGACUGUUUAUAGGAAGAGUGCCUGAUAAUGUCCAAAUGGAUGCGAGACUUCCUGUCAGGAGUUCAUUGAUAGGUGGAAUCAGCAGUAUGUUGUAUAAUACUGGCAACGUGAUUCUUGUGAACCCAAAUCAGUACACUGGUCACCAGGAGGUUUCCUUAGCAGGAAUCCCUAAACCUCGCGUCACCCCAAUCCCUCCUCCGUACGACAUCCCUGAGGGCGAACCUGUAUCCUGUCUGAGCCCUGCACCUCGUGGCCAAUACUCAGAUGAAGGGGUGCGCUUUGGAGAUACGAUGGUCAGCUUCCAGAAACAUCAGCUGAUGCCAGAUCAGAUUAGUGAGCUCUCUGGAGAUUUAGGGAGCUUUGUGCUGUCGUUGCAAUUCCGAUCCUUUGCUUCGGACGGCAUCUUGUUCUACGUGGCUGACCGACUGGUGGACCCGGUGUACUGGUUUGCAGUGUACUUGAAUGAUGGCUAUGUGACUGUGUCAAUGUCCACUAGCACCAACAACCCUGCUACUGCCAGACUCACCUCUGUCUUGCCCCAGUACAGUAAUGGGCAAUGGUGGGAGGUGGACAUUUUACGUAUCAACGAUUUCCUUGCCAUUGUUGUGACUGAUGAUCAGGACUACAAAAACAACAAUGAGAACUCUUCUGUCAAUUCUGUCUUACCGUUCACAACCCCUGUGUAUAUUGGUGGACUGGAUAGCAAGGUUUCCGGACAGAUUCUUCCAGCUAUUGAGAUCGGGAAGGUGCCAUUGAUCGGUUGUGUCAGGAGAGUGGAGAUCACACCCCCUGCAGAUCGCAUGCCCCCAUUCCUUCUGGAUUUACAGAACCCACAAGAGACAGGUGGCACCUCCAAAUGCUUCAGUAACGCCGUCUCGGGGGUGAGAAUGUCAGGGCAUUCAUCUCAUCUGUACAUCACAACAGGAUCGAGCUACAGCUUCAUGGUGCCCUUUAAGUUCAGCGUGACGAUUCGCACAGUGGUUCAGAGCGCUAACCUUUUCACCAUUUACCAGUCUGCAGAUCGAUUCGUUGUCUUGGACAUUGACCAGGGACAGAUUCGACUGGUGAUGGGCAACUCACUGGACAUGCAGUUGCCUUUCAUCUUGAGUGAUCAGCAAACUUCUAAUCCUUACACCUUGUGCAACAAUGAGCCUCACACGAUCAGCGUAGAGAUAACAAGUGAGGAUGCACGGCUCAAGGUGGACAACACCAAGAUACAGGUGGCCAAAUUCCAGACAGGUUUUACACCUGUCACCAUCACAGGCUUUUUCUCUGUCGGUGGAGUGCCAUCUGAGCAUACCAAUGUGGAAUUCCCAGUGAGAACAAGUAAGACCAGUUUUGCAGGCUGCCUGGAUCGCCUCACCAUCAAUGGGCAGUUCACCGAUCCUCAGUUUAUAGAGCAGAAGUCCGGGAUUUCCUAUGGCUGUUUUGUACAAAUGCCAGACGCAUGAGUCAUCAGGCUGAAAAUGGUGUCAGAAGUCCUUUGUUGUUCAUUUUUUCACUUCACAUUUUAAGAAAAUAAAAACUAUCCACGUUUUUGUGUAAUUCAGAAAAAGUGCAUUAAUUGUGGGAAGGGUGUGUUAAUAGUACAACACACUUCAAGGAUACAUGAAACUAUUUGUCUUUAUUUCUUCAUAUACUAGUAAAUGUUGUUUAGGAUGUGCCUACCAUAUAACAGUACCAAGCUACUCAAUUUUCUUUUUGAGACUCAAAAUGGAUCUAAACUACAAUUUUCCUAAAGACCAAUCCGAAAAUUGAGUGGCCCAUAGUGGUUAGGUCAGUGGUGAUAGCUGCCAAAACAGGUGACAGAGGAAGAACCCAAAUCUCAGUUACUCAGUAAAUCAUGCCUUACUGUAGAUCUGUAGAUCUAUGUGUAGAAAUUGAAAAUUUCUGACUAUUGACGGUAAAUAUGCAUAAAAUAGAAGAGUUCUCAGAGAUACAAUAUGUGCCUUGAAAAUGAAUGUUUUUGUAAUUGUUUUUUUUUUUUUUUUGGAAUAACUUUCUUCAUUUCACUUAAAAUCCUCAUUGUUUUAGAGUUCCUUUUCAUGUGUCCUUGAGGUGAGACUAGUAGCCUCUCCCUAAUACUCAUCUCUCACUUAUGCUUCAUCUGAAAGAACUAUUCCCCUGCCAGCCUGUCCAGUGGAUGACUGAUCUUUGAGUGAACGGGUUCAAGCUUAAAAAGCACCCAUCUGAAUUCUUCUGUGUUAACACAUAUGUGAAGCAAGAUGAGACCAGCCAACUUCACCUCCCAAAUUAUGAGAGCAACAGGCUGUGAAUAGGUUUUAUUUCAGAUCUACUCAUUGACAAAUGACUACAGGGAGUAGUCUUGCCAUUCCCAUACCUGCAAUGGGUAUGAAAACAACAGCGAUAAUAGUGUAUACCAUACUUUGGAUGAUCAUUGUACAGUCGACAGAGUCAGAGUUAAAUUCAAUUCAAGUUAUACUUUGCAUUAACAUUUCUACAAAAUUACACUUUGAAGUUUCAUUUUUGUCUACUUGUUUCAUUAUUUCACGCAUAUAAUGUAUACAAAGUUUGAUAAUAAAAAAAUACCUGGACUUACCCCUAAAAAGUCUCAUUGGAAAACAUUUAAAAUAAAAAUUGAAAUUGUCUCCUUCAAAAUAAUCCCCUGCAGCACCAGCCAGAGAUUGCACGUCUUUUCAGCAUUGGAAAACACCCCUUGAUUUUUAGGGAUCACACAUCAUACAGCUGAACUGGGAUAUUUAAAUGAAAUCAGCGACAUUCAUUUCAUAAGUGCUACCUACAUAAUUUCAUGUGUCUCUCUUUGAGCUAUACAUGCACCCCAAGUAUUUUUUUAAUCAAACCUCAUAAAUCUUUGUUGAGUUCCUUUAUCACCAUAGUGUGGAUUGGACAUUUACAUUGUCAAGAUUUUAGACAUUCCAGUGAUUCAGCGUUUGAGCCAGAGAUCAGUUGUUUUUUUUUUUUUGUUUCUUUGUUUGUUUUCUAUCUUUUUUAUAAAUUAAAUAUUUUGUUUUGGAUUGUCACCCUUUGAGGUCUUGGUUGCACUGUAUGUAAUUCCACAUCAUCAGUGUUACAUGCCUUACCCAAGAUCUGUGUAGAAAUUGAGCAUUCAAUUCAAGGGGACCUUCGGUAUAUCUGUAUUUCCCGACAUUCUACAGCCUUAAUUUUUUUUUAUUUUUUUAACUUUUAAUUCAUUUGUGUUUGACCAAAUUUUAAGACCCAUCAUUAAACGUUGACUGAACGAAACAAAUGUUUAGAUUGUUUUUGUUCUAUAAUUGCUUCUUUUAUGUUGACAUACUAUCAGGGUACCAUUUAUCAUAUAUUGAUCAUUUAGUGUGUCUUUUGGAUUGUCAGUCGGUCAAUACAGUUGGGCAGCAUCUUUAUGAUAAAACAUUUAUGCAUAUACUGGGUGCAUGCAGUUAAUAUUUGCUAUAUUUAUAUUUUACCCUUCCUGCUUGCACAAAAUAAUUUUCAGAAAAAUAACACUUUUGAUCUUAUUUAUUUAUUUAUGCAGCACAACAUUGUGCGUGUAUGCUAGAGUGAUGUAGAUUUUCUCUUGAGUUCACAAGACAGUGCUAUUCCCAAGCGAUAGUGCAAUAAGCAGAAUUGUGUGCAAUAAAAUUUGUUCCUGCUUAUAAGAGUUAUUAUUUGUCUUAACUGGUUCAUCAGUUCAAAGGAUGAAAUAAUUGGCAAUGUGGGUUCUACUUCCACAUGGCAUUCGGCCUGAGAAGGUCCUGCCGCUGUUCAAAACAGUAUUUAGUAUCUAUACAUAUAGUUAAACGCGUUAUUACAUUGUAACUUUAGUUUGGGGGCGUGAUUUUGCCCCGGGUUCUGCCCUGUUUGCACCAACCAUACUGCUGACCGCUUUAAUCAGAUCGUAUAAGUGAAAUAUUCUUUACAAUAUGAUCUUGUCUACAUAUAGCACUGAUUCUUAACAUUAUAUCAUGUAUAGACAAGAUUUCUCUAGUACAAUGUGUUAGAUUUCCAUUUUAGUUUCAU